CUCCUCCACACGACAUCAGCAGCAGUACUUCAGUAUGUCAUCCGCUGUUAUCAUCUAUAUCAGAGUACUUUCAACUCGCUACUAUGGCCAACUAUGGCGUCAUGCUGCUGUUGGCGGUUGCAUCAAUGAUGGCCGGAUCGACCAAGGGAGGACCUGUUGGCCCGUCUCCUGUUUACGCCCCCAAGAAGGCAGAGUACGCCACCGAGGCUCCAAAGUACUACACCACAAAAGCUCCUGAGUAUUAUACAACGGCAUCCUACUACACCACCAAAGCUCCGGAGUACUACACCACUGCAGCCUCCUACUACACCACCAAGGCUCCCAGCUACUACACUGAGGCUCCCAAGUACUACACAACCAAGGCUCCAGAAUACUACACCACUGCUGCUUACUACACCACCAAGGCUCCAGAAUACUACACCACUGCCUCCUACUACACAACAAGAGCUGCUGAGUACUACACAACUGCCUUCUACUACACCACCAAGGCUGCAGAGUAUUACACUGAGUCCCCGAAAUAUUACUCGGCUCAAAGCUACACCAAUGAAGCUUUCAAGUAUCAUGUUGCGCCAACAUACUACACCACAGCUGCCUCAACUUACUACGCAGAGCCGACUUACUACACCGAGGCACCUCAAUACUAUUCAGCCCUGAGCCACUACGAGACCGCCGUUCCAGAUCACUACACCUAUACUGAGGCAGUUUACUACACAGAAGCGUCAGAGUACUACACCACGACAUACGCCGUUCCGAGCUACUACCCUGAGGCCCCCAAGUACUACUCCGCCCCGAGUUACACCAUCACAGCGGCUCCUUACUACACCACUAAAGAGCCUAAGUAUUACGUUGCCCCUACUUACUACACCACCUCUGCUCCGUCUUAUUACGUCGAUCCGACCUACUACACUGAAACUCCGAUUCACUACUCAGCCGUGAGCCACCAUGAAACUGCAGCACCAGCAUACUACCCUUCGUACUCUGAACCGACUUACUACACCGAGGCGCCGAAAUAUUCUGCUCAGAAUUAUUACACCACGGUUGCCCCGUCUUACUAUUUUGAUUCCCGUUACUACUCUUCGUAUGCCCAGCCGAAUUACUACGCCCAAGCUCCCGCUUAUUACUCUCCUUCCAGCUAUUACGGAUAAAUUAAUCAAAGCUGGUGGCUCCGUCGAGUCCGUCCAAGUUCCGAGGUAAAAUGAAAACCUUUUUCGGCUACCAUUCCUUCGGCAGUGGUUGCAAACCUCACAGGCCAUCGUAAUGCAUCUCGCCAAAGGCAUGUUACCUGUAAAUAUCAUAUUCGGAAUAUGAUUUACCUGUAACAUGCCGUUGGCGAGAUGCAUUACCAUGGCAUGUGAGGUUUGCAACCACUGCCUAAGUAAUGAUAUCCUAACAAGGUUUUCGUUUUCUCUUUGAAGGACGGACUCGACGGAGCCAUUAGCUUUGAUUAAUUUAUCUUGUUGCAUGUACUCCCGAAAUUUAACAAACAUCUGCAUUUUUUUAUUCAACCAUGGAGGGUAGCGGUCCAGUGUGUAGAAGUUUUCGUUGCCAUCUUCUCCAACGUACUGAAUGGCUCUAUUAUGUGUGCAUGUGUAGAAUCCCAAGUAUCGGUAAGAUUCGAAAAAUAUACAAAAGCGUAACCAUGA